AUGGAUUUCAGUUCCUCAUCAGUGUUUGAUCAGCACAAAGGUGAUGCAACAGAAGAGAUUGAUUUGACUGUAGUUUACCAAGCAGCUGCUAAUGGUGAUGUGAACACACUAACUGCAGUGAUUCGAGAAGAUCCUUCCAUCCUGGAGUGCUGCGACAGUGAGGGUUGCACACCUUUGAUGCAUGCUGUGUCCGGACGCCAGGUUGAUACAGUGAAGCUUCUGUUGAAGAUGGGAGCCAAUAUUAACACUCAAGAUGCUUGUGGACGAACCAGUUUAACUCUGGCAACUUACCUGGGCUGGCUGGAAGGCUGUAUCAGCCUGCUCAGAAAUGGUGCUAAGCAAAACAUACCUGACAAAAAUGGGAGGUUGCCACUACACGCUGCUACUGCAGAGCCUGACGUGAGGCUUCUGAACGUGCUUCUGCAGCAGUCAAAUCUUAGUGAAAUUAAUCAUCAGGACAAUGAGGGAAUGACUUCACUUCACUGGGCUGCUUUCCACAACAGGCCCCAGCACACUCAGACUCUGCUGCACAAGGGGGCAGACCUGACCCUGGUGGACAAGGACUUCAAAACAGCUCUGCACUGGGCAGUACAG